ACGUAUAUAAUAUUAUAAACCUACUUUAUAUUCAUACAAAUAAUACGAUAGUUAAAUAUGUUAAUGAAUGGAUAUCAAGACCACACUUUGAUUUGAUUAAUUGUAGUGCGCUGGAGAGAGAGAAAAAAUGGACACAAAAGAUGACUUAGCUCUCGUGGCAAGCGAUCGUUCGGUUAAAUUUUUAGUAUGGUGAAGUACGUAGAUGUGAACAUUUUAUUACAGAGAACAGUUGGUUGUUUCAAUUAAAAUAAUACAAAUAAUGAGAAUUGUUAGUUAAAGUGUACAGUUCAGUUAUUUUUAUCAUCAGUAAUAGUGUUUGUUUCUAUUAGUUGACUGUUUAUUGAAUGUUUGUAUUGUGUAUAUAAAAUCGAGGUUAUAUUACAGCAGUUUUGUUUGAAAUUCCUUAAGGCUAUAAUUACGAUGAUGAGAAGUGGGUAAUGGGUUAUUAUGUAUUGAUCAGAACGUGUUUGCAUGUUGACCUCAGUUUUAUAAAAUUUUUGUUAUAUCACUACAUUAAUCUUCCACUUACAACUAAAUGGAAUUUCUGUAGUUAAGUGUAUAGAAUCAAUAACAGAAUAAAGAUUAAUCUAAUUAACCCCCAACAUAUUAUAUAAGCAACUCAAAAGCAAACGUAAUUCAUGCUAAAGAGAGGUUUUCAAACAGUAAAAUUGGGUAAUAAUUGUUUUAAAACCAGAAUAUAUUCUAUGAACGUACGAUCUAAUAUUGAAUCACGAAGCCAAAUUUGAUCUUUUAAUAAGUUCAAAGUAAAUAUUUUCUUCUAAAAAUAUACGCAAAAAAACUAGAGGACUUUGAUCUGGUGAUCUAAAAAGCAGACCUGGAUUUAGAAUUUUUGAAAAAGAUGACUAUGAUUAUUAGCAAACAUGGCAGUAACAAAUGACAAUACAAUAGAAAAAUCAUCUUUUAGAAUAGUAAAACGGAUUAUUCUUUACAUUUUCAUAUAUCUAAUUGGAUAUUUUAACUGCUCCAUAACGUGGAUUUUAAUAUUAGUUUUUGCAACGACAUUGUCCGAAGAUUAUCUAAAUUUCAAAAACAGGAAAAGAACAUUUGCGAAGAAAACAGCAAAUGGAAAUGAAAAAGAUGUUAUAUUGGAGAAUCUCGGAGAACUACCUUCAUGGGUUGUUUUUCCAGAUGUAGAACGUGCAGAGUGGUUGAACAAGAUUGUAAAACAAUGCUGGCCUUUUGUAAAUUACUAUGCUCGCGAUUUAGUAAAAAAUUAUUUAGAAAUCAAGUUAAAGAAAAAUUUAGAAAAAUAUGGCCUGAAAGGGUUUCAUUUUGAACGAAUUGUAUUAGGUAGUGUGCCAUGUAGAACUGGAGGUAUUAUCGUAUAUGACAAUGUAUCUAGAGAAGAAAUUGUUAUGGAUAUUGAUAUUACAUACGCUGGCGACUGUGAUGUUAAAUUCCGACUCAGGGGCCUUCUAGGUGGGAUAAAAAAUUUACAGAUGUACGGGACACUUCGUGUGGUACUCAAGCCGUUAAUUCGCCAUCUUCCAUUAAUAGGGGGCGUUCAAUUGUUUUUCUUAAACAACCCUGAUAUAGAUUUUGAUUUAGAUGGAAUUGCUGGUAUUCUUGAUAUACCUGGAAUCAAUGAAUGUUUGAGAAAAUGUAUAUGUGCUACUGUAGGUUCUUUAUUUGUAUUACCUAAUAAAUUUCCAUUGAAAUUUUGCCGAGAAGUGAGCAGCGAGCAACUUAAUACGCCAAAUCCAGCUGGUGUUCUACGAGUUCAUGUAAUAGAAGCAAAAGAUUUACUUAAGAAAGAUCUGUCAUUUACUGGUAAAAGUAAAUCUGAUCCAUAUGCCGUGUUAGUCGUUGGAGAGCAAAGUUUCAAAACUGAAACAAUUCCAUCAAAUGUCAACCCCAAAUGGGAUUAUUGGUGUGAGUUUGUGAUUCUAGAAUUCACUGGUCAAGAGUUAUUAAUUUCGGUUUGGGACGAAGAUCCCACUGAGGAUGAAUUUUUGGGCAGAGCGUCAAUCGACAUAGCCAGUUUAAUUAAAGAAGGAUUAAGUGAUAUGUGGCUGGUUUUGGAAGACGUGAAACAUGGAGAUAUUCAUAUUCGAACAACUUGGUUAACAUUAACUACAGAAUAUAGCAAUUUAAAAGCAGCGUUAUAUGAAAGUCAACAAUUACAGUUAUCUCAUAUGAGCUCGUCAUUAUUAAUUGUUUAUAUAGAUUCCGCUACAAAUUUGAAGCAAGUUAGAACGUCCACUAAACCAGAUCCAUAUGUUCAACUGCAAUUAGGUAGACAAAUUAAAACGUCAAAUUGUGUGAUGAGAACAGUGAACCCCGUUUGGGAGGAAGGAUUUAUAUUCAUGGUUGCAAAUCCUGAUUCAGAUUAUCUGAAUUUAAAAAUAUUUGACGCUAAAACUGAAGUAGAACUUACUGAAGUUAGUUACAAUGUUAGCAGUCUUUGUGAUAAAGAAAAUUUAGAAAUUGAAAAAGAAUCACUCCGGUUGGAGUUUGGCCGCACUGACUGUAAAUUAAUUUGGUCUCUGCAUUUGAAGAUUUUUCAUAACAACAAUUUUCAAGAAUAUUUAGAAAAGCGACCUUCCUCGAGAAACUCGAUGUCCAGUAUAGAUACAAUUGAAAAGGAUUUCACGGAUUCAGAAUCAAUAUCUAGUGACAGCACUAAAUAUUCCAGUCACAGCCGCAGACAUACAAAAAAUUCUCUUAAAUCAAACAAUUCUUUUUGCUCAAGAACAUCUCAAGAAAGCUAUGGUGAUAUAAAUUUAACAAUGAGGUAUAGUUUACAAAGACAAAGGCUGAUUGUUGUUGUGCAUAGAGUUUGUAAUUUAUAUUUCGAAGAUCCUACCGAAGAUAAGGAUAUAUAUGUGAAGAUUUAUUUAUUACCAGAAAGAUGCAAGGCGAAUAAAAGGAAAACGAAAGUGAUAAAAAAUUGUAGAGAACCUGCUUUCGAUAAACGCUUUGAAUUUUUAGUUGCUCAAGAUGAUCUGAAUGAUAAAUAUUUAGAAGUGUCUGUAAUCGAGGAAAAAAUGAUUAAAAACGAGAUUUUGGGACAAGUAUCAAUUGAUUUGAAAAAUAUCAGUUUGCCGAUUACCAGAAGUUUUGAGUUAGGACCAAGUAUAAAACAUAAUUAAUUUAUAUGCUUAUAAAUACCAAAUAAAAAGUAAUUGUUAGAAA